CCCGGGGCCGGUUCCGGGCCCGCCCAGCGCAGCCCUCCUCGCGCACCUGGGGCGGGCAGAAGUGGCGGCGAGUGGCCCCUGCUCCGCCGGAGGCCGAGCAGAGUCGAGGACUGCAGUCCUUCCGGUGGAAAGGCUGCCCUCGGUAGUUCUCGGACGGGGCCAGCGGCCGGGCCUGCAGCGCGCUCCUCUCCCAGGCUCAGGGACCCCCGGGCGUCGCGGGACGGGUAGUGCCGGGACAAGGCGGGCGCAGAGGCCCAGCCUGCAAUCUCGGUCGGCCCGGGGAGAACCAACAGAAGGCCUCAGCCAGCACUCAGCCUAGGGGACGAGUCGCGCCGCAAUUUCCUAAGAAGACUUCGUGUUGAGGCGUUCAAGUGACUCUUGAGAUCAUAGUCUGGUUUUAGGAUACAAUUUUUGAAACCCAAGCCCCCGUCAGAAUUCCUCCCGUCGGCUUCUUCCUCCUUUGCAGACCGAAGUGGGGUGUGUGGGCCGAAGGCCGAGCUGCGUUGCCCCAGAAGUGGUGGAUUGCUUGGGGAGGUACUGGGAGGUCACUCCUGGAAAUUCUCCCUCCAUCCCAGAGCUUCGGGGUCAGGGUUUCUCCUGUCCACCUCGGGACUCUUCCCGUCUCCAAAGUUAUUAGCAAAAGAGAGGAGGUGAAGAGGAAACUCCUCCCCCGCCAAAGGCAGGUAGACACCCAGACCUGUGCUCUCAGAGCUCACACCAGGGCUUUCUCCUCGCUAUAAUUAAUAGUCAAGGCCAACCCUUUUGGCACGUUUCUUUCUCUCUCCCGUGCGGGUGGCAGCGUCGUUCGAGUCCCUGAGGCCAGAAACUUUCACUCCAGUUCUCCGGAGGGAGGCCCGCGCCGGCUGUUUUCCGCGCUGCCCGCAAAUCCCCUUUUCUUUCUCUCUCCUGUUCCUCUUGGUCGUCUUCCGAGCCGCAGGCCGGUCGCCAGUCCGCGUAGUUUUGUUUCCUUUCCAUCAUGCAGAAAAUUAAUCAGCCCGGACGAGAAGCAGAGCUGAGCCCGGCGGCCUGUAAUUAAGGGACGUGUGCCCUUCGGAUUAUCUCGUUAGUUUAUCAAGAAAACAUUUAUUAUAAUUAAUUCUCGGACGAGUUCCACCACUCCAAACCCACCCACCAAGGACUCUGAAUCUGUCCAGCCCGGGCGAAGCAAGACCUUCCGGCUGGGUCCCCCGGAUUUGGGCCGACUUUGCGCCUCCAAACAACCUUAGCAUGAUGUCUUAUCUUAAGCAACCGCCUUAUGCAGUCAAUGGGCUGAGUCUGACCACUUCGGGCAUGGACUUGCUGCACCCCUCGGUGGGCUACCCGGGGCCCUGGGCUUCUUGUCCCGCAGCCACCCCUCGGAAACAGCGGCGGGAGAGGACGACAUUCACCCGAGCGCAGCUAGAUGUGCUGGAAGCACUGUUUGCUAAGACCCGAUACCCAGACAUCUUCAUGCGGGAGGAGGUGGCGCUGAAAAUCAACUUGCCUGAGUCCAGGGUACAGGUAUGGUUUAAGAAUCGAAGAGCUAAGUGCCGCCAACAGCAGCAGCAACAGCAGAACGGAGGUCAAAACAAAGUGAGACCUGCCAAAAAGAAGACAUCUCCUGCCCGGGAAGUGAGUUCAGAGAGUGGAACAAGUGGCCAAUUCACUCCCCCCUCUAGCACCUCAGUCCCAGCCAUUUCCAGCAGCAGUGCUCCUGUGUCUAUCUGGAGCCCAGCUUCCAUCUCCCCACUGUCAGAUCCCUUGUCCACCUCCUCUUCCUGCAUGCAGAGGUCCUAUCCCAUGACCUAUACUCAGGCUUCAGGUUAUAGUCAAGGAUAUGCUGGCUCAACUUCCUACUUUGGGGGCAUGGACUGUGGAUCUUAUUUGACCCCUAUGCAUCACCAGCUUCCUGGACCAGGGACCACACUCAGUCCCAUGGGUACCAAUGCAGUCACCAGCCAUCUCAAUCAGUCCCCAGCUUCUCUUUCCACCCAGGGAUAUGGAGCUUCAAGCUUGGGUUUUAACUCAACCACUGAUUGCUUGGAUUAUAAGGACCAAACUGCCUCCUGGAAGCUUAACUUCAAUGCUGACUGCUUGGAUUAUAAAGAUCAGACAUCUUCAUGGAAAUUCCAGGUUUUGUGAAGACCUGUAGAACCUCUUUUUGUGGGUGAUUUUUAAGUAUACUGAGCUGGACAUUCCAGUUUUAGCCAGGCAUUGGUUAAAAGAGUUAGAUGGUAUAAUGUUCAGACUCAUCUUCUGAUCAAUGUCCUGGGAGGCAUAGAAGGAAAAUGAAAGGCCUUAGUGGGGCCUACCAACCAGCUACCUGAAAUGGACAAACCAAUCUACUUAAUACUUAAGAUCCUGUUAUAGUUUUAGAUCAUUGGUUUUCCUGAUUCACAAAGUGAUCGAAAGCAUUCUAGCAAUGUGCAACCAAAUACCACCAAAAAUAAACAAGAAGAACUAAAUUGUGAGGGGAAGGAGGGAAGGACAUAGCCUUCUUAAGCAGAGGUGUUCCAAUGUUUUAGCCAAUCCUUGGUUGAAUCUUAGGAAUGGACAGUGUCUCAAGCUCACUCACGUUUCAUGACCAACUGGUAGUUGGCACUGAAAAACUUUUCAGGGCUGUGUGAAUUGUGCGACUGAUUGUCCUAGAUGCACUACUUUAUUUAAAAAAUAAUGUUCAUAAGGAGUCAAUAUGUAGUUUAAGAGACAAUCAGUGUGUGUCUUAUAUAAAUGGUACAUCUGUGGUUUUUAAUCUGUGCUAGACUUCAAAACUGUGAUCUCCUGUUAUUGUAUGCAACCUUGAACUCCACCUCUGCAGGGGUUCUUCUGUGAUUAAAUAGGUUAUAAUUAUAAAUAAAUUCAGAGCAACUGAGUACUUAUCUAAAAAGAUUACCUUUGGCUGGAGGUGAGCUGCACUGAAACUUUACAACAAAAUGUCUCUGGACAAGGAGAGUAAGAGAAGAGAAACAAAAGGACACUAAUUCAUCAUGUAAUUUACUGUUGGUAAACCUAGCAGUAAAGAGACAUUGGUCAAUUGCUCUGACCCUGAUGAAUUUAUAAGCUGAGAUCAUCGUUGUUUAUGCUUGCAGAUGUUAACUGGAAAAGUUAUAUAUGCAUAAACCUUUCUUCCUGAUUUGGCAGAUAUGUAUAAUUAUAUUAAAUUGGUUCUAGCACAA